AUGAAGCUCAACGUCAAGAACAUCCGCUACCUCACGCCCGAGGACUGGCGCGUCCUCACUGCCACAGAAAUGGGCUCUCGCAACCAUGAAGUCGUGCCCACCUCCCUGAUCUCCUCUAUCAGCGGCUCUGGCAUCGGCGUGCACAAGUCCAUCUCGAACCUUGCCAAAAUAAACCUCAUUGCAAAGACGAAAAACGCAAAGUACGACGGCUACCGCCUGACCUACGGCGGCCUCGACUACCUCGCCCUGCACACGCACACCAAGGCCUCCACCGUCUUCUCCGUGGGCAACCAGAUUGGCGUGGGCAAGGAGAGCGACAUCUUCGUGUGCGCCAACGCAGAGGGGAGACAGCUGGUCCUCAAGAUCCAUAGACUGGGCCGUAUUUCCUUUCGCACCGUCAAGGCGAACAGAGACUACCUGCGCAACCGGCAGGGCGGGAGCUGGAUGUACAUGUCGCGCCUCGCCGCGAUCAAGGAAUUCGAGUUCAUGAAAGUCCUGCGCCGCGAAGGCUUCCCCGUGCCCGAGCCCGUGGGGCAGAACAGACACACAGUCAUCAUGGGCCUGAUCGACGCAUUUCCCAUGCGCACAAUCUCAAAAGUCGGCAAUCCGGCCCCGCUGUACUCGGAGCUGCUGAACUUCAUCGUGCGCUUCGCCCAGCACGGACUGAUCCACGGCGACUUCAACGAGUUCAACAUCCUGAUCGAGGAGAAGUUCCAAGGCGACGAGCGCGUACAGCUCAUACCCACCAUCAUCGAUUUCCCCCAGAUGGUCUCCAUCGACCACGCAAACGCAGAGUACUACUUCGACCGCGACGUCGCCUGCAUCAAGCGCUUCUUCGACAGACGCUUCGGCUUCACGAGUGACGAGCCGGGUCCCUUCUUCAAAGACGCAACGAAAAAGGUCGUCAAGAGACUGGACGUCGAGGUCGAGGCUUCGGGCUUCAGCAAGAAAAUGGCAAAGGAGUUGGAUACCUAUAUGAAGGAGCACGGCGUCGAUGGUGACGCUGGAGGUGCUGAAGAGGGUCGCGAGGACGAGUUCGAGCUUGAUGCUGAAGACGAUGGAUCAGACCCUGAGGAGGAGCCACAAGAGAAAGAUGCUGGUGGCGUUGCGCUUCACGCCGACGUCGACGCUGAGAGCGCGCCAUCCGCAGAGGCACCUUCGCUGGACAAGCAGUCACCUGCUGCUGUUGCGUCUCACAUGACGCUACUCGACAUUCGCGACAACGAUCCACUACCAGACCUCAGCGAGUGCAAACCCCGCCCGCAGUCCACAAUGACCACCAAAGCUGCCAAGAAGAAGGCCGGCUGGGCCAUCUGA